GCCGCGCAUGCGCAGUGCGGGAGCGCGCCCGGCCCAGGCGAGUGUCCGGUGUUUUCUCUGGAAGCCAGGAGCGGUGGAGCCCGGCCCCUCGCAGCCUCUCUCCCAGCAUGGCAGACCAGAAGCGUCUGGCCUUCUCCAUCAUCCAGUUCCUGCACAGCCAGCUCCAGAGCGGGAGCAUGUCUCCAGAUGCUCAGGAGAGUUUGGAAGUGGCCAUCCAGUGCCUGGAAACAGCGUUUGGGGUCUCCAUGGAAGACCAAAGCCUGGCUGUGUCCCAGACCCUUCCUGAAAUAUUUGAAGCUGUGGUCGGGAAGGAGCUGGAGCACUCCAGGACGAACUCAGAGCCCGUCACCCCCUCGGAAGACGACGUGGCUGAAGCUGAAAGGCUCAAGACUGAAGGAAACGACCAAAUGAAGGCAGAAAACUUCGAGGCUGCCGUGUCUUUUUAUGGGAAAGCCAUCGAGUUAAACCCGGCCAACGCUGUUUAUUUCUGCAACAGAGCCGCUGCCUACAGCAAACUCGGGAAUUACGCGGGAGCCGUGAGGGACUGCGAGCGAGCCAUCGGCAUCGACCCCAAUUACAGCAAAGCCUACGGCAGGAUGGGCUUGGCCCUCUCCAGCUUAAACAAACACACGGAAGCUGUUGUUUACUACAAAAAAGCUCUGGAGUUGGAUCCGGACAACGAAACGUACAAAUCCAACCUCAAAAUAGCCGAACAGAAAAUGAAGGAGACUCCCAGUCCUACCGGCGGCCCCGGAGGCUUCGACUUGGCCGGAUUGCUGAACAACCCCGGCUUCAUGAGCAUGGCCUCAAACCUCAUGAACAACCCCCAAGUACAGCAGCUAAUGUCCGGGAUGAUCUCGGGAGGCCACAACUCCAUGGGAGCGGCCGGGAGCAGCCCCUCCACCAACGACCUGGCCAGCCUGAUCCAGGCGGGCCAGCAGUUUGCGCAGCAGAUGCAGCAGCAGAACCCCGAGCUCAUCGAGCAGCUCCGCAGCCAGAUCCGGAGCCGGACCCCGAGCGCCAGCAACGAGGAGCAGCAGGAGUGAGCCCCUGGAAAUUCUGGAAUUCGCUUUUCCAGCUGGGAUCUACGUCCGUGUUGCCAUUUCUUAACUUGGAAGUAUCCAAGAGGGGGGGGAAAAAACCCAAAAAUAGAAUGGAUAAAACAAAACAAAACAAAACAAAAAUUUCCCAAAUCCUUCCGUGCCCUGCAUGUCACCGAGAAUUCCCGAUUUUCCUUUGCUCCUCCUUUUUUUUUCCCCCUUUUCCCAGAUUUUUUUUUUAUUUUUUGGUUUCUUUUUCCUCCUGGCAGCUCCAGCGGAGCUGAACUCAGAAUUUCCCACCCGACCCGAGAGAAUUCCGCCGGGAAAUUCCCAAAUUCCCGCGGGAUUUGCUGCCUGGGGGGAGUUUUAUUCCCGAUUUUUUGUUUCUUUGGAGGAUUUCCGAGCGAAUUUUUCCUUUUUUUUCCCCCCCUCUCUCGAUUUUCCCCUCGGGAGCCACUUCCAAGAAGUGUUUGAAUCCCCCCCACCCCGGAAUUUUGGGAUUUUUCCACCCUCUGCCAAUGAAGGUUUCGCUCCAAAUCUGGGAUUUUCGGGAAUUUCGCUCUCCAGGAUCUGCGGGGAGGAGUCAGGACUGAACCUCCCCCAGGCGUUUUUGGGCUUUUUUUCCAAUCCCAAAACCAGGAAAAUCCCAUUUGGAGUGCGGCAACUCCGGAAAAAAAAACCAACAAAAAUGGGAAUUUCUCCCGUGGAAUGUGAGCGGGGAGGGAGCGAAGGUGUUUUUAGGGUGUUCAAAGGAAGUUUUUUUCCGAAUUAUUUCGAUUAUUUCUGUUUUAAUUGCAUGUCAGCGCUCGGCCUCUGGCUGGGGUGGGGUGGAGGGAAUCCAAAAAUUCCCGAAUUCGGAUCCAAAAAUCCAGGAUUUGGGCGGGGAGAAGCUCCCGGAGCCGCCUCCAAACCCAGCUGGGUGAAAUCAGAGGAUUUUUAUUUUUCAAAAUCCAAACUGGAUUUCAGCGCGAUUUUUUUUUUUUUUGGCUCCUGGGGGAGGAGGAGCCCCUCUGGAACGUUCGGGAGACGGAAAAAAAAAAUCAUGGAAAAAAAGCGAUUUUUUUCUUUUUUUUUUCGGUCGAGGCUCCGUGGAAAUUCGUGUGGUUCGUGUCACUCGUGAGGAAUAAUAAUAAAAAAAAAAACUUUGGA